AUGACGUUCAACUUCGAUCGAAAUGUUACGGCACAACAGCUGGCCGAUAUUCUCCCGAACGGGGUCGCCAUCCUAAACCAUCGAUACGAACUGAUCUCCGUAAACCGUCGAUUCCGAAGGUUGAUACCAUGUGCGAGCGCGAACUUCUCCGAAUGCUGGCUGCAAUCGGUUCAUACAGAUGACUAUGAACGAGUUUCCACUGAGUACCAAGAAGUUGCCAAAUCAAAAAAGCCCCUGCGGAUCGAAUACCAUAGCCAUAACCCGGAUUCGAUGUGGUGCGUCAUGACAUUGGAACCGUUGGACAACGAAGAUGUGCAGUGCUUCGGCUUGAGCGAGGAUGGACUAUUCAUCUGUACAAUCGCGGAUAUCACACCUGAGAAGAAGGCUGAGCUUGUCCAGAGGCAGGCUGCGCGGGAGGCACAGGAUCGCAAGAAGCAACAAGAGCGGUUUAUCGAUAUGAUCAGUCACGAAAUUCGAAACCCCCUCUCCGCCAUACUUCAUUGCACGGAAGACAUUCAGGAAGCAAUAUAUAAGAAGAAGGGACAGGAUAUUUCAUUAUCUGACAUCACCGAAGCUACCGAGACUAUUAGUCUUUGCAUCACGCACCAAAAGAAAAUCGUCAACGAUGUUCUCACCUUCUCCAAACUCGACGCCUCUAUGCUUUCCUUGUCUCCCCACAAAGUUCAACCGAAAAGACACCUGACCACUCCACUCUCCAUUUUCCGACCCGAAAUUAGAAAACAGAGAAUCAAGUUUGAAUACAAGGUUGAUGUCUCGUAUGGCAACUGCGGGAUUGACUGGGUCAUGGCUGAUCUUGAUCGCAUGGGCCAGGUGCUCAUUAAUAUUCUCUCAAAUGCCAUCAAAUUCACCGCCAAAUCUGGAAAUGAACGAACCCUGCGAGUCUCCAUGGGAGCUGCCAUCGACCGCCCUUCCUCCUACCCUCCAAAUGUCGUCUUUUUUGAUUCUGGUGAAGCAGCACUCCGCAAAGACGCAACAAACACACCCGAGUGGGGAGAGGGUGAAUUUGUAUAUAUCAUGGUUGCCGUCAAGGACUCCGGUAUCGGGAUAACGGACCAGGCCCAGAAGCGACUGUUCGAGCGCUUCAAUCAAGCCACUCCCAGAACUGAGAGUAUCUACGGUGGCUCUGGGCUCGGUCUCAACGUGUGCAGGCAACUCUGCCAUUUACAUGGAGGCGAGAUCGGAGUCAGCUCGAAGGAAGCACACGGAAGUACUUUCGGCUUCUUUUUCAAGGUCCGCCGGACAACCGACACAACUGAGGAAGGUCACGGCAAGCUUCAUGCUUCCGAGCUGGACAAGUUAUCUUCAGACAUUCAAAUGCUCGGCAAUGAAAUGAACGGAGUCAACGAAUCUACCGAAGAACCUGACAUCUCUGAAAAUCCUCCAGUCGGUAAGGUUGCAGAGGCAGAAACGGGCGCGCCAGAUGACGAAAGAACAACACGGACACAGAAUAUCGCGCGUGAGGUCUACGAUGAUCAGUUAAGUCGUGAUGAUUUAAGAACACCAGGUGAUUUCGACAUGGAGAAAGAAGGCUCCGGCGAGCGCAUUCUUCUUGUCGAAGACAACUUCAUCAAUAGGAGAAUCGUGUCGCGCAAAUUGACUGCACAGGGAUUUGUUAUCACUGAGGCAUGCAACGGCCAGCAGGCACUCGAUAUGAGCCAGAACACUGCAUUUGACUGUAUCCUUAUGGACCAACAGAUGCCUGUGAUGGAUGGCAACUCGGCAACGAAAGUCAUUCGUGACAUUGAAAAGGAGACUGGAGGGCAUGUUCCAGUGCUCGGCGUGACAGCGAAUGUGAGGGAGGCGCAACAAGAGGAAAUGAUGAGUGCUGGAAUGGAUGACAUCAUUCACAAGCCUUACGGUACUCAGGAGCUUAUUCAGAAGAUUAAGGGCUUGAUCAAGACGAAAAACUGA